ACUGUAUAAUGCAGACGAAAAACUACCGAUGUAACACAAAUUUUGAUUGGAUAAGAUAUUUAGAGCAACCAAUUAAAAUUAAUUUUAUGAAUAAAAAUCACAUCCAUCCUAGGACACCACCAUGGCAAAGUUUACAUAUUUGUCAGACGAAGUUUUAAAUGGUUUUGACAAUUAUAAGUACAGUUCAAUAGAUACUAGUCCCAUCAGUAAAUAUGUUACACAUCCUUUCUGGAACUGGGUAGUUGAGUUUUACCCAAGAUGGAUAGCACCAAAUUUGCUGACAUUGACAGGUUUCCUACAGCUUGUGGCUAAUUUUUUCUUAUUAACAUAUUAUGACUGUAAUUUUUACGCUGCUAGUAGAGACCAUCCUGAGAGUCCUCCUGUUCCAAACUGGGUGUGGUUAGUGUGUGGAUUGAAUAUGUUUAUUUCACAUACAUUAGAUGGGACAGAUGGAAAGCAAGCCAGAAGAACUAAAACAAGUAGCCCACUGGGUGAACUUUUUGACCAUGGUUUAGAUAGCUGGGUAACAUUAUUUAUGCCAGUGGCGAUGUACUCUGUGUAUGGUCGAGGAGAGGGUGGUGUAGAUGUAUUUAGAGUGUUCCUAAUAGCUAUUGGAGUACAGUUUUGUUUCAUGGUAUCACAUUGGGAGAAAUACAUUACUGGUGUUUUGUUUCUGCCUUGGGGUUAUGAUUUAAGUCAACUUGGUUUGACAUUUAUAUAUCUGUUAACUUUCUUGGGUGGACAUGAUAUGUGGAAAUUUAAAGUACCAAUAGUUGAUAUGCAAAUGACAAAUGUAUUUGAAAUUGUAUGUUAUGUUGGAUUUUUGGGAUUAACCAUGCCGUUUACCUUCUGGAAUAUUUAUGAGUCAUAUAAAAAUAAAACUGGGAAAAUGCUAGGUUUGUGGGAAGCCAUGAGACCUGUUAUAGCAACUAUUAGUUUAUUUACCUUGAUGAUAAUUUGGGCCAAGUUUUCCAGUUGUGACAUUAUAGAAUUAUAUCCUAGACUGUUCUAUUUAACAACAGGGACAGUAUUUUCAAAUAUAACGUGUCGUUUAAUAAUUGCUCAGAUGAGUAAUACCCGUUGUGAAGUAUUCCACUGGAUGUUAGUACCUUUAUGUUGCAUAGUGGCAGUGGUUAUAUUGAUAGCUCCUGGAAAUAUAGAAAUAUACAUCUUAUGGUGUUAUGCUUUAAUAGUCAUCGGUGCACAUGUCCAUUUUGGUGUUGGUGUUGUGAGAGAAAUGUGUGAACACUUCAAGAUAAAUGCUUUAACUAUCAAGCAUGCUGAUUGACUAGAAGCUGACUCAGAAGACGUCUGAAAUCCUAUUGUCGUAUUACUGUGUUGUGAUCUCUUGUAACAUUGCCUCAGUAUAGUAUCAUAAACUCAUUGGGUAGGAAAACCUACAAGCAUUAAUGGUAUACUUAAGCCAGAAGUUUGUCUCAAUGUUUUUUAACAUUUCAUAUAUUUCUUUAAAAAAAAAUUCACAAUUUAUUCAUUAACAGUGCAUUUUUUUGUAUAUAUAUUAUCAACUGUUAUUAUGACAUGAUAGUUCUUCAUGAAAAAAAGACAGAAAACAAAAUGAAUGAAUGUGGAAAAUCAAUUAAAAAGUAAAUCCUAGCAAAGCUUUUGUCUGAUGUUAUGAGUCUGUGUAGUUCAUAAUUUGUGUUCGUGAAAAAGACUAGUAAUAGUGAUUUAUUCUGUAUAAAAUAUUAACUGUUGUACAUGCAUGAAAGGUUUGUUAAGCAUUUUUGCAAAUAAUGAUUAUUUUGUCAGUGUGCCAAUUAUUGAAUGUUGUAAUUUAUGAAUUUUAUGUUCUGUACUUAAAUAAACAACGAGACAGAUAUGUUUUCUUCAGUCUUUGGUUGCACAUAUACUCAAACAAGUACAAUUAGACAGAUGUAAAUGGUAUGGGCAUGGCCAUGUAUAGUUGUUUUAUUGGAUAUUUAUAUUUUUAUUUAGGGUUAACGAUUAAUAGUGAUGUAAAUUGUGUAAAUACGUAUUUCUUUUAUUUUGUAUCUAUCAAACCAAAGAAUAAAUUUUUGAAUAUAUAUUUUAUUGUCCAUCCAAUAAUUUUUUAAGUGUUUAUUGUUUUACGUUAUUUGUAACAGAUCCGCAAUGUUAACCAACUAAAUCUAGUCACUGUAUUAGUCUUGGUGACAAAGCAUAUAUAUAAUAAACAUAAUGUUUAAUGCAUGUGAACAAAGUUCUAUAUUUAUUUGAGUUAGUCCCCAUAAAAAUCCCAGCUACAAUGAUGUAUCAUAUACAAAAAUUGUCAUGUAAUGUCAAAAAAUUGAACUCCAUGAGUUUUGUCGCUUUAUUGCUAAGCUUAUGUUGUUUAUCAAUGAAAUAAUGACUUCUGGUAAACUUAUUGUAUACUUUGAAUGUUUAAAUAUGUAUUUUUUUUAAAGUAAGAAAUAAUAUUGAACCCUUUUGAGAAUCCAUAUAAAAGCUAAUUAUGUUCUUGAAGUAUCUUCAAUUAACGAUGUUCGCCAAUAUGCCAGAAAUUAUUACUGCAUUUGAGGAAACCAACUAAAACUUCAUAGGAAGCAAAUAUAUAAUUGAUGAGUUCUAUAGUUUUCAAAAUUAUCAUGUGUCAUUUUUAUAUGCCUGUCAUUCAUACUUCACACAGAAAGUCAAAUUUGCUUAGGUUGAAUUUAGUCAGAUGUUAACAAAGUUGCAAGGAUAAUCAAAGUAAACUAAGCAACUAUAUGAGUUAAUUGUUUUGGAGUGAUUUGAAUAGUUUAAGACAAAGCUCUUUUCAUUUUGGAGAUUUUCUGAAAAAUUGUGUUUGAGCAAUGCAGGGGUGCAAUAUGACUUCUUGUUAAAAUAAGCCAAAUUUAUCAAUGUCAGUUUUUCAGUUUUUAUAAAAAUUAAAAAAAAAGAUUUUAUAAAAUUUUCAAGGUUUCCCAUAAAAAUGAUGGUUCAAAUUAUAUUUAUUCAUACAUAUUCUUACAAGUAUAUGAAUAAAAGCAUACAAUCAUGCAAAGCAUACAAGUAAAUGUUGUGCAUCAUAUUUACAUGUAUCUAAUAUUGUUUUAAUACUCAUCACAUAAGUGAGGUAAUUCCUUAUGUAAGGGUCAAAUAGAAAGAACAAAGUUCAAACAGAAACAUCUAUGGCAAAGAUAUAAACUGUUCAAUUGUAUGUGUCUUGUUUUAAAUGAUACUAUGAUUGUACUGAAUUAACAGCAUGUUCAACACCUGUGAUGUAAAAAUAAAAGGAUUAUUACA